AGGCACGACACAGGAAGCACUUCCUGGAAGCAGCGCGGCAUUGUGGGUAGGCGGAAAAGGGCUCAAAAAGAAACGCGAAAGCGUCCAACGCACGUUGCAGUCUUCCACAAAAAGAAACGACAAUAACAAAGAAAGAAGAUAACGAGACAGGAGUGAAGGAAGACGAUUUGAAACAUGUCGAUCGGUGUACCAAUCAAGGUGCUGCAUGAGGCAGAGGGACACAUUGUGACAUGUGAGACAAACACUGGAGAGGUAUACAGGGGCAAGCUGAUUGAAGCAGAGGACAACAUGAACUGCCAGAUGUCCAAUAUCACAGUGACUUACCGCGAUGGCCGGGUGGCUCAGCUGGAGCAGGUCUACAUCCGCGGCAGCAAAAUCCGCUUUCUGAUCCUACCGGAUAUGUUAAAAAAUGCUCCGAUGUUAAAGAGUAUGAAGAACAAGAACCAGGGAUCUGGAGCAGGAAGGGGCAAGGCAGCUAUUCUCAAAGCACAAGUGGCUGCAAGAGGACGAGGCCGCGGUGGAAUCGGAAGAGGCAACAUCUUCCAGAAGAGACGAUAACUGCUGCAGCUCUGUUAAGAUUGUUGCAUUGUAUAGUCUUUUUGUCUUACUUUUCAUAUUUCUCGUCUUUGGAUUGGACAUCUUGGAUAUUGUUUGCAACUGAACAGUUUGCAGUUUGCUUUAAUUUCAUUUUUUAUUAAAAUCAACAUGUUUAAAUUUU